CGGAAAAGUCCGUAGCUUAGGGUUUUGCGUAUCUCUCUUGUGCUGGCAGUCUCUGCGUAAGAGCCAUCAUCGGAGAGAGACUCAGAGUCCUCAAACGUCCGCCAUGCCUACCGUCGGCGUUGGCCGCGAUCGUCUGUAUGCAGCUCUAGGAAAAACAUACACUCAGGAGGAGUUCGAGGAGUUAUGCUUCGACUUCGGCAUCGAGCUCGAUGACGUUACAACUGAGAAAGCAAUUAUUCGGAAAGAGAAACAUUUGGAUGAUGAAGGCGGCAAAGGCGACGAAGACGAAGAAGUUAUCUACAAAAUCGAAGUUCCGGCGAAUAGAUACGAUUUGCUUUGCCUCGAAGGGAUUGCUCAAUCGCUGCGUGUUUUCAAUGGGCAAGAGGACAUUCCAACGUAUAAGUUGGCGAACAUUAGUAAGGAGUCGAUGAUUAAAAUGCAUGUGAAAUCAGAGACUUCUUCCAUUCGCCCCUUUGUUGUCUGUGCUGUUUUAAGAGGUGUAACAUUUGAUGAAGCGAGUUAUAACAGCUUCAUUGAUCUCCAAGACAAGCUCCAUCAAAAUAUCUGCCGGCGAAGAACCCUAGUUGCCAUUGGGACUCAUGACUUGGACACAUUACAAGCCCCUUUCACAUAUGAAGCUUUGCGACCUUCAAGCAUAAAUUUUGUGCCUUUGAAACAGGUGAAGAACUUCAGAGCAGAUGAGCUCAUGGAAUUUUAUAAAUCGGAUUUGAAGCUGAAAAAGUUCUUGCACAUAAUAGAGAACUCGCCUGUGUUUCCUGUUUUAUAUGAUCACAAAAGAACUGUUUUGUCUUUACCACCCAUUAUUAAUGGUGCACAUUCAGCAAUCACAUUAAAGACAAAGAAUGUUUUCGUAGAAUGUACAGCCACUGAUUUGACAAAGGCCAAGAUUGUUCUGAACACAAUAGUAACGGCAUUUUCAGCAUAUUGCGAAAGGAAAUUUGAGAUUGAACCAGUUGAAGUGUUAUAUUCUGAUGGAAGCUCACAUGUUUAUCCUGAUUUAUCCAUCUACAACAUGGAUGUUUCUCUAUCUUAUGUCAAUAGUUAUGCUGGAGUAUCUUUGGAAGCAAAAGAGGUUACUGGUCUGUUGAAGAGGAUGCAAUUGCAUGCUGAGCAAUCUAAAUCUGACAAUAUUACUGUAUCUGUACCUCCAACCAGAAGUGACAUUCUUCACCCUUGUGAUGUUGUGGAGGAUGUUGCAAUUGCAUAUGGAUUCAAUAAUAUUCCAAUGAGAAAGCAUAUUCCAACGAGCGAGCCUGUUUCUUUGAAGCCACUAGCCUUGAAUGAGUUCACUGAACUCAUCAGAUCGGAGAUUGCAAUGAAUGGGUUUACAGAGGUCUUGACAUUCAUAUUGGGCUCGUGGAAAGAAAACUUCCCAAUGUUAAGAUGUAAAGAUGACAAAUCGAAGGCUGUGGUCAUUGGUAAUCCCCGCUCAUCUGAUUGUGAGCUUGUCAGAACGAGUCUGAUGCCUGGCAUUUUGAAAACUGUUAAUAACAACAAAGAUCAUCCGAAGCCCAUAAAGAUUUUCGAAGUGGGUGAUAUAGUACUAUUGGAUGAGAAGACAGAUGUUGGUGCAAGAAAUCGUUGCCAACUAGCAGCUCUGUACUGCGGUGCUACGUCUGGGUUAGAGUUGAUACAUGGCCUGGUGGACAGAAUUAUGGAAGCGGUUGGGGCUUCUUUUGUUCCUCUUGGUGACAAUACAGGAUACUUCAUUGAGACUUCAGAUGAUCCCGAGUUUCUUCUGGGGAGACAAGCGAGCAUCAUCUAUAAAGGAAAGCGCAUUGGAGUUUUUGGCAUUUUACAUCCUGAGGUGUUAAACAACUUUGACAUUCCUGAUCCGUGCUCCUAUGUAGAACUUAACGUUGAGAGCUUGUUGUAGUUCUCUAUAACAACAAAUGUAAGAUUCGUCUUUCAUUCUUCGCAUAGGUACAUUUGUCUGGCACCUAGUUGCAGCUGACUACUGUAAAAGAGGUGGUCAUUCUUCUGCACGAAGGAUUUAAUACAAAUGCAGGUACAUUUAUCUAAAAACAAAGAUGCAUUCAUAGUUUCAUACAAGCUACUAUUUGUUGCCAAACCGUAACGUCGAGUAGAAGUCUCUUAUUCUCCCUUUAACUUUUGGGUACGGAUGGCUACUGGUUUUGCAUCAUCGUGUUUUUAUUUCGGUUUACCAUCAAAUUUUUCGGGUGACUCUGCCGAGUGCAGUUGUGUACUGAAUGUUAAAGAGAGUUUGAAGCUUAUCAUUUAUUUAAAUUAUUUUACACGUA